CAUUUCACAACAUGAUUCACCGCAUGGAGCAAAGCAUGGUCCUGGGACUACUAGCUGCAUUUCUUCUAACAGGUGUUCUCUCAGCUACACCCAUGCAGGAGAAGGACCCAGCCUACUGGAACACCCAGGCCAAGGAGACACUGCAGGCGGCUCUGAAAAUGAAGCCAAUCUCCCACCGCGCCAAGAAUAUCAUUCUCUUCUUGGGAGACGGAAUGGGAGUUUCCACCGUUUCGGCCACCCGGAUCCUGAAGGGACAGAUGGAGGGGAACUCCGGGGAAGAGACAGUUCUGACCAUGGACACCUUCCCACACCUCGCUCUUUCCAAGACGUACAGCGUUGACAUGCAGGUGGCAGACAGCGCGAGCACGGGCACCGCCUACCUCUGUGGAGUGAAGGCCAAUGCCAAAACAGUGGGAGUGAGCGCCGCCGCUGUGGCCUACAAGUGCAAUAGCACCUUCGGCAACGAGGUGUACUCAGUGCUGCACCGCGCCAAGGCCCAAGGCAAAUCCGUGGGCAUUGUGACCACCACCCGCGUCCAGCACGCCUCUCCUGCGGCCUCCUAUGCCCACUCUGUGAGCCGCAGCUGGUACAGCGAUGCCGACCUCUCCUCCAGUGCCCUCAGAGAUGGCUGCAAAGACUUGGCCACGCAGCUGGUUUUCAACACCGACAUAGACGUCAUCCUAGGAGGAGGGCGGAUGUACAUGACUCCCAAGGGGACCCCAGAUCCCGAGUACCCGACAUCGUCUUCCCGCCGCGGCAAGCGGAAAGACGGGAAAAACCUCAUUGAGCUGUGGCUGGAGGCACGGAAGUCAAAGAAUGCGCAAUACGUGUGGCACAAAGAGCAAUUCGAUGCCGUGGAUGUAAAUUCAACCAACUGUCUCAUGGGUCUUUUUGAGGCCAAAGACAUGAGGUUUGAGUUAUAUCGCAACUCCACACGGGAUCCUUCUAUAAUAGAGAUGACUGAAAAAGCCAUUCAGAUCCUCAGCAAGAACCCGAAAGGCUUUUUUCUCUUUGUGGAGGGAGGAAGAAUUGACCAUGGACACCAUGAUGGCAUUGCCAAGCUGGCCCUGACAGAGGCGGUUAUGUUUGACCGGGCCAUUCAGCGUGCCUCCCAGCUGACCAGAGACUCCGACACGCUGACCGUCGUCACCGCUGACCACUCCCAUGUCUUUACCUUCGGGGGAAACACCCCCAGAGGGAAUCCCAUUUUCGGUCUAGUCCCAGAGAUGGCUGAAGAUGAUUUGCCAUAUACCAGUAUCCUGUAUGCCAACGGACCAGGAUAUCUGCUUGAAAAUGGCACAAGAGCAAAUAUUACUUACGUUGAUUACUUGGAUGAAGAGUACAUGCAGCAGGCUGCUGUUCCCCUGGACUCCGAGACGCAUGGUGGGGAAGAUGUGGCCAUUUUUGCCCAGGGUCCCAUGGCUCACCUGUUUCAUGGAGUGAAAGAGCAGAACUACAUAGCCCAUGUGCUGGCCUACGCUGCCUGUCUUGAGCCCUAUACCGACUGUCCCCCAGAGCCCAACUCAGGAAGUGGCAGUCAUGGCUCUGUCAGCCUCCUCCUCGCUGUGUCCAUUUUACCUGGGUUCCUCAGGACAUGAAGCUUCUCGUUUCCCAAACCAUCAGCAACUGGAGUUCUGCAGGGAUUACAUUCGACACUCUUACCCAGACCACUACACUUGGAAC